AUGGCGGCGGCGGCGCCACGCCCCGGCGCCCUCUCGGCGUCGGGCUGAGAAGAAGGCGGGCCCGGCGCUGGCAGGGCCGCCAUUGCCGCAGGAAGAGGAGGAGGAGAAGGAGGGCGGAAGUGGGGAGCCCCCGCGCUAGGCUCGGAGCGGGAUUCGGCGGCUGCAGGGAGCCGGCAGCCCUCUGCCUGCCCUCGUUCCCCGCGGCGAGGCUCGCCCCCGCCAUGCCGUGCGUGGCCGACUGGCUCAACAACCCCUUCAGCAUCGUGCAGGGCAUCUUCGCCCAAAAUGUUCCAAACUCUGAUUGGGAAAAGAAAGUAACUGAAUACUUCAAGGAGAAGUUAAAAGAAAACAAUGCUACUAACUGGGUCCCAUCGCUGAAUGAUGUUCCCGUUCAUUACCUAAAACCCAACAGUUUAGUGAAAUUUCGCUGCAUGGUUCAAGACAUGUUUGAUCCUGAAUUUUACAUGGGCAUCUAUGAAACAGUUGACCCAAACACAAAUGCACGUGUUUUGCAUUUUGGUAAAUACAGAGAUGUGGCAGAAUGUGGGCCUCAGCAGGAAAUCGAUUUGAACUCCUCCCGAACAGUCACGGCAGAGAGACAGACUUUCUACUGCGUUCCAGUGCCUGGCGAAUCAGCAUGGGUGAAAGAGGCGUACAUCAGUGCGAGCCAAGCUCGGGUCAGUCCUUCAACAUCCUACACACCCAGUCGCCACAAGAGGAGCUACGAGGAAGAUGAAGACAUGGAUCUACAUCCAUCUAAACAGAAAGACCAACAUAUGGGCAGCGGAGGUGAUAUCCACGGAUGUGUGGAGCCAAAGAGAUUAGAAACAGAAGCUUCUGCCGGUCACCAUCUCAUCUCUGCCAACUGCUCCCCUCCACUUGACUUAAAUUUUCCACUGCCAGGAGAGAAGGGACCAGCAUGUCUUGUAAAGGUCUACGAGAGCUGGGAGAGCUUCAAAGUCAAUGAUGUUCUGGAGGUGUACGGGAUUUUGUCUGUGGAUCCAGUGCUGAGCAUAGUAAACAAUGAAGAGAGGGACAGCUCAACCCUCGAUCCCAUGGAGUGUAUGGACACAGCAGAAGAACAGAGAGUACACAGUCCUCCUGCCUCAUUAGUCCCCAGAAUCCACGUGAUUUUGGCACAGAAAUUACAACACAUUAACCCAUUACUGCCUGCUUGCCUUAAUGAAGAGGAGAGUAAAACCUUUGUUUCUAACUUCAUGUCUGAGCUGUCACCAGUGAGAGCAGAGUUGCUUGGUUUCCUCACCCACGCCCUCUUGGGAGACAGUCUGGCUGCAGAAUACCUUAUACUGCAUCUCAUCUCCACAGUUUAUGCAAGACGAGAUGUGCUUCCUCUGGGGAAAUUCACAGUCAACCUGAGUGGGUGUCCGAGGAACAGCGUCUUCACCGAGCACAUCUACCGCAUCAUCCAGCAGCUCGUCCCAGCAUCCUAUCGCCUACAAAUGACCAUUGAGAACAUGAAUCACUCACGGUUUAUCCCACACAAGGACUACGCUGCCAAUCGCUUAGUCAGUGGGGUACUGCAGCUCGCCAGCAACACCUCCCUUGUAGUAGAUGAGACUCAGCUUGAGCAAGGACAGCUUGAUACAACAGGUGUACACAACGUGACAGCACUGGGAAACCUGAUCACUUGGCAGAAGGUGGAUUACGACUUCAGUUACCACCAGAUGGAAUUCCCAUGCAACAUUAACGUCCUGAUCACUUCCGAGGGCCGCUCGCUCCUGCCGUCAGAUUGCCAAGUCCACUUACAACCACAGAUCAUCCCACCAAACAUGGAGGAGUACAUGAACAGCCUCCUAACAGCCGUGCUCCCUUCUGUGCUGAACAAGUUUCGGAUUUACCUGAGCUUACUGAGGCUGCUGGACUACAGUAUAUCUGACGAAGUGACCAAGGCAGUGGAAGAAGACUUUGUAGAAAUGCGCAAGAACGACCCCGAGAGCGUCACAGCCGACGACCUCCACAGGACACUGCUGGUAGCACGGUUCCUGUCUCUCAGCGCGGGACAGACCACGCUGUCCAGGGAGCGGUGGCUGAGAGCGAAGCAGCUGGAGGCGCUGCGGAAAGCCAGGCUGCAGCAGCAGAAGUGUGUCAAUGGGAAUGAACUCUAACAGCGUGCAGAGGCUGCCAUCAACACCUGUCUAAUCCUAGAUGGAACCUAUACUAAGAUUGGAAUAUUGUUUAUACCAGUUUUUGUAGAUAAUUUAUACCAAAAGCUAUGGCUAUUUCCCCUUGCAGUCUGAACACACUUAACUCAGUUCAGCCACUUCCAACAUUUUAUGACAUUUUUUUGGAGCCUGUUUUGUAACUGAAAAUUGGUAACACUGAGCAAAUUGUUUGAUAUUAAACUUUAAUACUGAA